AUGUGCUAUAAUUCUGUCGCUGUAGAUGAUGAGAUGGAAGAGGCAGCACUCGUUGGUAUCGUCAAUGUUCUCUUCGAAGUGCCUAAUGGCUGGGUAUAUUUCCUCAGAACUGUUGUUUUCGAACUUGCUGUCCUUCGAGGAGUCAUCGUUGUCUCUACGAUUGCUGUUUGUGGUGAUGGUGUCGUUCGUGUCACUGAUAAUGUUUGUGAUGUUGUGGUCGGUGGUACUAUUUGGGCUGACGAUGUCGUUUAA